CAAAACACUAGAACACACAGUUAGAUUAUACAUACAGAGAGAGAGAAAGAGAGUGAAAUGGGGCAGCAUUCUUGUUGUAACCAACAGAAGGUUAAAAGAGGACUUUGGUCACCUGAAGAAGAUGAAAAGCUCAUUAGGUUCAUCACAACUCAUGGCUAUGGAUGCUGGAGUGAAGUCCCUGAGAAAGCUGGCCUUCAAAGGUGCGGAAAGAGUUGUCGAUUGAGAUGGAUAAAUUACCUAAGACCCGAUAUCAGAAGGGGAAAGUUUACACAGGACGAGGAGAAGUUGAUCAUCAGCCUUCACGGCGUUGUAGGAAACAAAUGGGCCCAUAUUGCAAGUCAUUUGCCCGGAAGAACUGAUAAUGAGAUUAAGAAUUAUUGGAAUUCAUGGAUCAAGAAGAAGAUAAAUCGGAAACACUCUUCAACAAGCAUUACUACACGUCUAAGUACAACAUCUACGAGUGUAGAUCAACCACACUCAGAUUAUGGGUCAGGAUACACCCCGGCCCAUUUUAGUUUCUUGACUCAAGAUUUGGGCAAAAGCGACAUCAAACCACCCAUUCAAGAACCCGUGUUCUCUUCUUCUACAAGCUCAUUAUUCAUGCUUCACACAAGCGGUUCGGUUGUUGAAGCGCAAAAUGGGGAUUGCAUAGCGCAAGCCGAGUAUUUCAAUGACUCAAUGUUGCAAAUGAGCAAGAAUCAAAUCCCUGAAUUGCCCUCACAAGUUUUGAAUUUCGCCACGAAUAAUGGUAUUUAUACGGGAUAUUUGCCACCUUUGAUGGAGAACUUGGAAGGCAUCGCGGAAGGGCAAAAUUGCCAUUUUACCAACGGGUUUAAUGAAUGGGUUGUGGAUCAAACAAACCAACAAUGUCCAAGCUAUUUAUUUUGGGAUGAUGAACAUCAACAAGUGCAACUUGGUGGUGAAGACAUUGUUGUACCUUGUGCAUCAAACAUGGGACCUAUCUUACCUUCUUACCCUACAUCACUAUAGGGAGACCCAUGAAACGUCUUUAACUGUUUUUCUUUUUUUGGUUUUGUUUUGGAUUGGUGAGCUUUUAAUACGAGAGAAAGUACGCAGUUUGCAAUGA